UACAUUUUUUUUAAGUGAUAUUUAAAAAUGACUUAAUCUUAAGAAUAUAUAAACAUAAACCUUUUUUUUUUUUUUUUUGGCACGUGAAUAUUAGUUGUAAGCAUACGGCAGCAGCCAAGUGAAACACCAAGCAACGGCUUCUGCAGAAAAUCGAAUAGAAAAUUUGUGAAAAAGAAAAUUCUCGAGAGCAUGUGUGGCUGGAGGCAACAUCAACAAAUUGCUGGGCAAUUGACAGUCCAUUUUUAAUAUUAAGGGAGCAGGCAGGCAACAGGCCAAGAGGCGGAGGAAAAUCGGAUGGUGGGUGGAGUCGCAAGAGAAUCCUGAACGCACUCUGGCCAGCGGAGUCUCAGGUGGUGGUGUAAACAAAUUUUCCCGGCGUUUGUACAGUCCCACAAACAAACAAACACACACAGGCACAGACUCAGACACACACACACAGACAGCACUCGCAUAUAUACGGAUUAUAAACAAUGACGGCUCAAACGGUUUACCAGAAAGUCGUCAGACUGUCCCUUCGCUCGGCCGUAAAUCUGUCCAAGCGGCGCCUGGAUGAGCUGAGCUCUGGGAUCGGAGAGCUGCGCCAGCUGCUGUCAUGUGUGGUGUGCUGCCAACUGCUGGUGGAUCCAUAUGUUCCGAAGGGGAAGCACUGCCAUCACUAUGUGUGCCGGCUGUGCAUAAGAGGACGCAAGCGGCUGAUGUCGCGGUGCAGGCAGUGCGAAGACUGCUCCGAUUUCAAGACCUACGAGGAGAACCGUCUAAUGGCCAUACAGUUGCUCUGCUACAAGACGCUCUGUGUCCAUCUGCUGCAGUCUUCGAUGUUCACCCAGCUAGCUGGACAGUUUCCGGAUUUGAGCCAUGUGGCACAGUUUCCACGCAUCAGGCUGCCGCCCAUGACAACGCAGGAGUUCAUCAGGGAAGGGACCAACUAUGAUGAUAUACGGGACACAUUUCUGCCACAGCCGGAUCUGCCCUUCCUGAAGAAUCUUCCCUUAUCUCUGCCUGCGGAGACUCCGCCCACCACUGCGGCCACAACUCCCGAGCUGCCGUACGAGCAAAACCUUCCCGAGCAACUGUCCAUCACGGACAUUGAAAUAGAGGCAGCCGCCACAGCAGAGCAGUCUCAAUUUUCACAUCCGCUGCCCCUAAUGCCGACAGGGUCGCGGAUGGGUCUAAUGGCCGUCCAGCCGCCGUUCAUUCUGAACGAAGGCUCCCUGAGCACUGAAGCCGGCUACACGGAGAACAGCUGGAACGAGCUGGAGCAGGUGGAUCUAUCGGAUGCAGUCUCUAUGUCCAGCUUCCCCAACAACACAACGGGCUAUGCCAUGACCUAUGUAGUGCCCACGGCUGCAUCGACUCCCUUCGAAGCGCAUCCCCCGGGUGCGCUCCAAAUUGGUCAAGUGGUGAGAAUAGAAGCGACCCCACAGCCAGCUCUGUUGGCCAUAACGACAGCUGAGGUUGAGCUGUUCCCCUCCCAAAAGAGAAAGAUAGCCCAGCUGGAUAUGGAGCAGGAGCAGGAGCUGCAAAACCAGGCGGUAGCCCCAGCGAGCGUUAGCCAGUUGGUGCUCCAGCAGGAGCAGGAGCUGCAAAACCAGGCGGUAGCCCCAGCGAGCGUUAGCCAGUUGGUGCUCCAGCAGGAGGCAUGUCUGGAGAAUGUGAGCCAUGACACAGCAUACCUGCAGAAUAUCAUCCAGGAUGAGGCAUACCUGGAGAAUGUCAGCCAGGAGGAGGGAUACCUGGAGACCGUGAGCCAGGAAUCAUUUUUGGAGAGUGUCAGCCAGCUUGUAAAUCCGGAGAUUGUCAGCCAGGAGAAAUCACAAGAGAUGGUCCACCAGGAUACCAUUCAGGAAAGUGUCUACCAGGAGAAAUCUCAAGAGAUGGUCCACCAGGAUACCAUGCAGGAAAGUGUCUACCAGGAGAUUUCUCAAGAGAUUUCCAGACAGGAUGUAGUGCAGGAAAGUGCCAGCCAGGAUACAUCUGCAGAGAGUGUCACCGAGGAAAUAUACAAAGAGAUUGUCAUUGAAGAGGUAUACCAGGAGAGUGCCAGCCAGGAGGCUGGCACGCAGGAGCAGAGUGUCAUCAAGGAGAUAUAUCAGGAGAUUGUGAGACCCUCCGCAUCUCAAGAGAGUGAGAGCAAGAAGACGUCGAAGGAGGAGAGUGUUGCCGAGGAGAUAUAUCAAGAGAUUGUCAGAUCCUCCCCAUCUCAAGAGAGUGCCAGCAAGAAGACGUCGAAGGAGGAGAGUGUUGCCGAGGAGAUAUAUCAAGAGAUUGUGAGACCCUCCGCAUCUCAAGAGAGUGAGAGCAAGAAGACGUCGAAGGAGGAGAGUGUUGCCGAGGAGAUAUAUCAAGAGAUUGUCAGAUCCUCCGCAUCUCAAGAGAGUGCCAGCAAGAAGACGUCGAAGGAGGAGAGUGUUGCCGAGGAGAGAUAUCAAGAUGUUGCCACACCCUCCGCAUCUCAAGAGAGUGCCAGCAAGAAGACGUCGAAGGAGGAGAGUGUUGCCGAGGAGAGAUAUCAAGAUGUUGCCACACCCUCCGCAUCUCAAGAGAGUGCCAGCAAGAAGACGUCGAAGAAGGAGAGUGUUGCCGAGGAGAGAUAUCAAGAUGUUGCCACACCCAACAAGAAGGCAUCGCAGGAGAAGGAUGUCGUCGAGGAGGUUGCCAGGACCUGUGAGGAGUUUUCGGAGGAGGAGAGGCUUACCGAGGAGCUAUAUCAAGAGAUUGCCAGAACCUCAGCACCUCAAGAGACUUCCAGCCAGGCGACAUCGCAAGAGAAUGCCAGCUCGGAUGAGUCAUAUGAAGAGGUGACCUCCUCAGAGGAAGAACUGAGUUCCAGCCAGGAGUACACACCAACCACCACCACCAAGGGCAAGAAGAAAGACACGAAAAUUAAUCCUGCUAGUUCAAAGCGCUCCUGCGCCAUAACCGAGCACCCUUUCAAAUUUAAAGCAAAUAAAGCUCCGUCACCGACACGCAUUCAAGGACCAGUUUCUAAUCCUGUGCCUGUACCUGUGCCUGUGCCUGUCCCUGUCCCUGCCAAACUUUCUUCCACCAAAACGUCUGUUAAAUCCUCCGCAAAGACAACUACUAAGAGUACUACGACGGGAUCAUCUCGUAGGAGUGCAGGAAAGACGAAGGAAAAGCCACCGAAGCCCAUAUGCCGUUGCGGAACCUCUGGAGUGGCUGUCAACCCCAAAACGACCUGUCGCAAUACCCGCUGCCCCUGCUACAGGUCCGGCAAUACUUGUACAAAUUGUCACUGCGUUGGUUGUCAAAAUCCGCAUAAGACGGACUUCCUCGAUUCCGAUGACGAUGACGAAGAAUUGGAAUUGGAAAACUUGGAGCCCCCAUCACUCCCCAAUCCCCAGAGCGAGAAAAAGUCUACAACAACAACAGAAACACCAACAGCAGCAACAACAGCAAAGGCAAUAGCAACACCAACAGCAAAGGCAACCUCAACAAAGGAGGUAAAUGCCGAAAAGGCUGCUAGUUCCCAAGGCGGUAUAAGUUUAGUGCCCCUUUGCAAUCUUCAACAGUCCCAACAUCCUUUGGUUAUCGUUCAGAACGAGAAUGGGGAAUAUCAAGGUUUCAACAUCUUCCAAGGCACCGUACCGAUUGAUCCUGCCACGGUUGGCUUUCUGCGUGUCCAGCUGCAGAAUAACGACCCCAAAAGCAAGGUUCCUCAGUAUGCGUACGUGAUGCCACAUCCUACACUUAUGGCUUCGGAUGUUGCACCUCCGCCAGCGCCAGCGCCAGCGCCAGCUCCCGAGCCAAAACCAAAGCCAAAGACCGUUUCAGUUGAGCAGCCGCCUGCAAAGAAAUUCAAGCCUGCCAUCAAAAGGAGUGCUCGUCUACGUGGUUUUGCCCCACGCAAUACCAUUGAUGAGCUGGUCAGUGGUGGCUCCUCCGCCAUUAGCAAUUCUGCCGCUGGCGACAGAUUGUCGGCCACUGACAAUGCCCAUUCACUGUUCGAGGAGAUCAUGUCGGGCUCUGAUGGUUUAUAAGAAACGGGCGGGAUAUUGAUAAAACUUUUUUUUUAGCACGUUCUUGUAUAUAUGUAAAUACCCCGUUGCAAGGGGUAUACUGUGUGAAGUCUAGUUUUGUAUCAGAUAUCCAGAUAUUUGUUAUCUGCUGUAACGGUUACCCUAAGGACGCGGGCACAUUCUAGCUGAAUGCGGAGUUGAAAACUCAGAAAGCUCGCCAAUAUAAGCUCAGCUUUGUUUGAUCGAUCAAGCAUGUUUUUUAUUGUAUAAACAUGUAAUUACACAAAUAGAAACGGUGUAAUUGGGCUGAUUAUCUUGAAAAAGAUAAUUUUUCAUACAAUCCACCCGAUUCCACCAAAAGAUUCGCCAAUUGGCAAAAAAUAUAACUAUGCAACAUUGCGUUGAGAUAGUUCUUAAACUGAAA